CUCCAUAUCGUAUUCAUAUUGCAUAUAAAAUUCCCUCCCUCAUUUUCAUUCCUCAACAAUGCGCCCCAUAUUCAAAUGCCGAUCGUUAAAUUCCCUUUCCCGGGGAACCAUCCACCGGAAAUUCAAAUUCCCGAUAUCCUAUUUUCAUUUCACCCCAAUCCCUCGAAACCAAGCCACAAAUCCGACCUUUCAUUUUCUGGGUACUAUUAAGAAGCUUCCUUUUUUUCGUUCAUUUGCUAGUUCUGGUGAAAGCAUUGACUUUCAGCAAUUCCCAGAUGGAAAAUAUGUUUUGGAACUCCAAAACAUUUUAAAUAACCAUAGAAAUAGCUCAAUAGAGGAGAUUGAGCAAGCUCUUGAUCAAUGUGAGGUUACAAUGACAGAGGGUUUGGCCUUGGAUUUGGUUAGGCGGAACCGGUCUGAUUGGAAACUAGCUCACGUUUUCUUCCAAUGGGUGUCUAAGAAAGGUGAAAAUUCACUUGGUUUUGAUGUUUACAAUGAAAUUCUGGACGUUCUUGGGAAAAUGCAUCGUUUCGAAGAGCUAAGGAAAGUGUUUGAUGAAAUGCUCGAAAGAGAAGGACUUGUCAAUGAGGGGACUUUUAAGAUUUUGCUUCAUAGAUAUGCUGCUGCAGAUAAGGUGGAGGAUGCGAUGGGGGUGUUUAAUAGGAGGAAAGAAUUCGGAUUCAAGGAUGAUGUGGUUGCGUUUCAAGUUCUUUUGAUGUGUUUAUGUAGGUAUAAGCAUGUUGAAUUCGCGGAAACUUUGUAUCAAUCGAAGAGGAGAGAGUUUGGUUAUGAUAUUAAGACAAUGAAUAUUAUUCUCAAUGGAUGGUGUGUUUUAGGGAAUGUACAUGAGGCUCGCAGGUUUUGGAAGGAUAUAAUUGAGUCGAAAUGUAAGCCGGAUUUGUUUACGUAUGGGACUUUUAUAAAUGCGUUGACAAAGAAGGGGAAGUUAGGUACUGCAAUGAAGUUGUUUCGAGGAAUGUGGGAGGAAGGGUGUGACCCUGAUGUGGUGAUUUGUAAUUGUGUUAUUGAUGCUCUUUGCUUCAAGAAGAGGAUUCCAGAGGCUUUGGAAUUGUUUAGGGAGAUGGGGGAGAGAGGUUGUGUCCCGAAUGUUGUAACUUACAACUCACUUAUCAAGCACCUAUGCAAGAUUCGGAGGAUGGAAAAGGUGUAUGAGAUUUUGGAUGAGAUGGAAGAGAAGGGAGGGUGUUUGCCAAAUGAUGUAACUUUCAAUUACUUGCUCAAGUCAUUGAAGAAACCAGAGGAAGUUCCUGGUGUUUUGGAGAGGAUGGAGAGAUAUGGUUGCAACAUGUCAGGUGAUACGUACAAUUUGAUCUUGAAGUUGUACAUGAAGUGGGGUCAUGAAGAGAGAGUUAGAUGCACAUGGGAUGAGAUGGAGAAAAGUGGUUUGGGACCUGACCGGCGUUCUUACACUAUAAUGAUUCAUGGUCUGUAUGACAAGGGAAGCAUUGAGGAUGCUUUGAGCUAUUUUAAUGAGAUGACAUCUAAAGGAAUGGUGCCAGAACCAAGGACUGAGAUUCUGGUGAAUGCCAUGAAGGACAAGUUGAAAGAGCAAGAAGGUGAAAAAGAAAGGAAAGAACCAGGGAAAAAUGGCAAAUCACUUAGGCCUAGGUCUAAAAGGAGAAAGGAGAAGAGAACUGGGUAACGCUUGUUUUAGAAUUGAACCAUUAGGUUACUAAUGGAAACCCAGAGGAGGUUGGUGUUUCUUGUCUAUCAGUGCCGUGCCAAUCCUUAAAGACUAUCGUUGAAGAGAACCCAUAUACUUUCACCCAAUUUCAAAGGAUAAUAUUUUAACCUUCGGUUGCUUGGGCUUAUGCACUAUCAUGUUUUACUCAUUUGCUUAUUCUUAACUUCUUCGAGAUUUAAUCUUGUCUAAGAGAAAGUGAUAUUUGUCACAAAGAACUUGAAACAAUUGGAAACCUCCUUUAACUUCUUUGAGCUCAA